AUGUCAGUCUUCUGUGAAAGCUGCAUAAAUGAAUUAUCUCCCCGGAUGACAGAAGGUGGGAAGGAGGGGGAAGCUUCGAGAGGACAUUCUUUAUUGUGUGUGUCUAAGAGUACCCCCCAACUUAGCACCAACCCUGCGCAGAGCCCAGCCAGGCAGCGGACGCCGAUGGGAAGGGGACAACCCCAGCUUCUUAGCGUCCCUGGCAGGUGGGGAGAAGUGCUUUUAACACCUGCCCCUUUGGACUUCAGAGAAUCCGGCAUGCAGCACCAGGCAACGGAGUCCCCCAAACAGAAGGGAAAGAAGCGGGGAAAGGCAGCUUUUUAA